GGGUGGGUGGGAAGAGCCAUUAAAAAGCAAUUAAACAAUAAAAUUGAAGCUAUCUAUCUCUCUAUCUGAUAUAUAAGAACAUACAGAUCAUUAUAGUAAAAACAUCACAGCACCAACCUUUUAGGACUUGGAAAUCAUGACCUAGUGAAUUUAUGGCAGAGGUGAAAUUAGAACAUGUAGCUUGUUUUCUUGCUCUCUACAUUGUUUAUUAUUUUAUUGCUUUCCUUGUAACUUGAUCUUACGCACAUUUAUUUCUUCACUGGGAAUGUUUCUACCUUGGUUUGACUACCCCUCUUUCCUUCCCCAGACCAGUUCUGUGUGUCCUCAGUUUGUAUGAAGAAAUGACUACGCAAUACAGUAUUCUCUUCAAGCAAGAACAAGCACAUGACGACGCCAUCUGGUCAGUGGCCUGGGGGAAGAAUAGAAACGAUGGCUCAGAAACAGUCAUCUCAGGCUCUUUGGAUGACAUGGUGAAAGUCUGGAAAUGGAACGGAGAGAAGCUGGAUCUCAAGUGGACAUUAGAAGGUCAUCAGCUGGGUGUAGUUUCGGUGGAUAUUAGUCACACGGGUACCAUUGCUGCGUCAAGUUCUUUAGAUGCUCACAUUCGUAUUUGGGAUUUAGACACUGGCAAACAGAUCAAGUCAAUAGAUGCUGGACCUGUGGAUGCCUGGUCACUCGCUUUUUCGCCUGACUCCCAGUAUGUUGCAACAGGAAGCCACAUAGGGAAAGUGAACAUUUUUGGUGUCGAGACUGGAAAAAAAGAAUAUUCCUUGGAUACAAGAGGCAAAUUCAUCCUGAGUAUUGCAUAUAGCCCGGAUGGAAAAUAUCUUGCCAGUGGAGCUAUAGAUGGAAUUAUCAAUAUCUUUGAUAUUGCGACUGGAAAACUUCUUCACACGUUGGAAGGGCACGCUAUGCCAAUCCGUUCCUUGACAUUCUCCCCAGACUCCCAAUUACUUGUCACAGCUUCAGAUGAUGGCUACAUCAAGAUUUAUGACGUGCAGCAUGCGAACCUGGCAGGCACCCUGAGCGGCCACGCAUCUUGGGUGCUAAAUGUAGCGUUUUGUCCUGAUGACACCCAUUUCGUUUCUAGUUCAUCAGACAAAACUGUGAAAGUGUGGGAUGUACCUUCCAAGACCUGUGCUCAUACCUUCUUUGAUCAUCAAGAUCAGGUCUGGGGAGUGCAAUACAACGGAAAUGGUUCUAAAAUUGUAUCAGUUGGUGAUGAUCAAGAAAUCCAUAUUUAUGACUGUCCAAUUUAAAUGUACCUAAAUCAAUUUGGGUUCCUUUUGAAAGCUGUGGAACUUUCAAAAGGUGUCAAGAAAACCUUUAGAUUUUGACAAAUGCAAAUCAAAAUAUAUCUAAGUUUGUAUGGAUUUUGCUAUUUAUGUUUAUAAAUGUAUUUGUUACUUUAAAUUACUUAAUUUGCCAACUGGGCUACUGGAGUAUCAUUUCCCCUAUUAGACAUUUUUCUGUUUUAGGGGUGGCAGUGCUUGUCAUGGACGGCACAGAUGUGACUACAAACAAGAAUAAAGGCUGUGCAUGUGCUCAGGGGAGCCCUGCAAUUUGCAAAUAUA